AUGGCGUCAACCUUAUGCAAAAUACACGUAAACAAUUCGACAGGUGUAUCUUUAAAUGAGCGCUUUACCGCCAUAACAACACAACCUAAAGUUUCCGUUACACCUGCCCGUAGUCGCAGUCGAAGUGUUGAACGAGCAAUGCCUCGUGUGGAUCAAGCAACAUCAAGAGCCAACCAACGCCUAUUGGCUGAAUUACAAAGGAAACAUAAAUUGCAAGCAGCCAUGAAAUUGAAACGAAGAAGUAUGCGUACCAUCGGUGGUGGAGGAACUGGAGGCGGAGCAUAUGGAAGAAUUAAACGCGGCAGUGUAAAAGCGUUACGCGUCGGAGCCAAUGGCAAGCCCAUCAGGACAAAUAGUCUGUCCAAUAUUGCAACGAUGAAUGCUGACCGUGAACUCCUUAAAAGACGUGCUUCACCUGCACCCUUGCGUCGUUCCAACUCUUCGGGCAAUUUAGCAAAUCGAUUGGGGCCACGACGCCCUGUUGUUGGUGGUGCUGCACAACGUGUUGCUAGAAGACGUUUGGAUAGACAACGUGGCGGUGUCAUUGACAAAAGAGGCAGAUCUUUGGCCAGCGGUCGAGGCCGCAGUCGUUCUCGGACACGAGUUCAAGAGAACGGCGGACGUGGCCGUUCUCGGUCCCGUCAAAAUAAUAAUGCAACUGCUGUUGCUCCUCGUGGACGCUCCAGAAGUCGCAGUCGCAACCCUGUUCGCUCACGUUCCCUUAGUCGCAAUCGCGGUCGCGAUAUUAAUGCCAAGAAAUCUAAUCUACCCGUUAAGGCCCGUUUGGGAGUGCGACCAGGCGAAAAUGUCAACAAUGCCACAAAUCAAAGAAACAGAAAUAGACGUCGCACAUCAAGUCUAUCACUGCGCGGUGUGCAAACAGGGCGUGUACAGAAACGACGUAACUCGACUAAUGCGACAACCAAAAACAACGGUAGUCCACGUUCAAGAUCUGUCACUCGGAAUACAAAUGGCCAGAAUCAGCGCUCUCGCUCACGUUCUCGGACACGCAAGGGUCAGGUAGGUCAGACAAGAAACGGACAAGGACAAUCACCACAAAAGAAGGGCACUGGAGGAGGUCAGACACAACAGAGAGGAGGUCGUGGUCAAGCCCAACCUAAAAGAGGACGUAGUCAACAACGCCGGCGUGGUAUUAACAGUGCCCAGAAAGGUAGUAACAAUUCCAACAGACGUGGUCGUAGUCGCAGCCGCACAGGAGGUCGUGGAGGUCAACGUUCUCAAGGUAAAAACGACCCAUACGUAGGUAAAACAACAACAAAGGAAACGGUAAAGAAAGAAGAUCUCGAUAAGGAACUAGAUCAAUAUAUGGCCACCACAAAGACUGAGAAUGAUAUGGAUUUUCUAUUGAAAAAUUAA